UCGCGCAACAUGGCGGGCCAGUCGAUACCGACCAAGUUCCCCUGCUGGUGCAAGGCUGUCUAUUCUUGGGGUGGAGAGACCAAGAAAGACCUGGGCUUCAUCGAGGGAGAUCUGAUCGAGUGUCUAAAUGCAGGAGAUGGUUCGUGGUGGAUGGGGCGUCUGAGGCGCGACCGGCGCAUGGUUGGUCUGUUUCCUUCCAACUUUGUCCAGGUGCUCGACGAGAAGUUCCAACCAGCUCCCAUCCGUCGCAAUGUUUCGCCGCCUACCACCGUCGCCGCGCCGCAAAAGUCAAAGAGCGUCUUCAGGAAGCCCUUCCAAGGGUACAAAGAGUUUGGAUACCGUGAUGAUGGUUGCAAUUCGCGAGGCAGCACACCAGAAGACAGAGUGGUCAAGAAGAAGUUCAGCCCGUACUCCAGCAUGAAGACGGCAAAGGCUCCUGGAUCUGACAAGAAGCCUCAAUCCUCACCACUCAAGGAGGAGUCGACCUUUCGCCUUCCAUCUCCGCUACCGCGUGCCUCUCCCAGCAGGGCGCCCUCGCCAGGAGACAUGUACAGAGCUUCCUCUCCGGCGCCCACCACCUUGCACCGAUCAGUUUCGCCUGCACCUUCGGCCUUUUACCGUCCCACUUCGCCAGCCCCUUCUACCAUGUAUAGAACAUCUUCGCCUGCGCCUUCGGCCAUGUACAGAGCUACAUCACCUGCUCCCUCAGCCAUGUAUCGUCCCAUUUCGCCGAAUCCUCAAGACAUGUAUCGCUCAACUUCUCCCAAUCCCUCAGCCAUGUACAGUGGGCAUGCCUCGCCUAAUGCCGCUAUGUAUCGCGCUGCUUCUCCCAACACAAACGCCGAUCUGUACAGUCGAGCUGCCUCACCAAAUCCUUACCGAGCCAUGUCGCCAGCUCCCUUCCAUCAGAACAAUUCACCUUAUCGCGUUGCAUCGCCUGCCCCUUCUCAGUUCCAUCACUCGCCGUCUCCUUCUCCUACUCCCACUCCCAUGGCUGCGCCAGGCCAAUACCAAGCAUACAGACCCCCUCAAGAUUACGACUAUUUCAGGGCAACCUCACCCGCACCUCCACCGAUACACCACAUCUCCAGACAGCCUUCGCCAGUCCCACAGGACGAUGCAUCCUCUCCUCCGCCUCCUGCACCGCCACCCCAUCGUGUACUUCAUCAACAGAGCAGGCCUGUUUCUCCUCGCCCUACCUACGAGACUGAACCAAACAAUGGCUACACCACACCCGGAGGCCACUCGAGGGACGGCCAGUCUUCCGGUAUGACUCCUUCGCCUCUGCGCGAUGCUAUGGCCGACGUUAUGUCUUCUUUGCAUGACAUGAGCAGUGUUGCCGGAAGAUCAUCACCCNCUCCUGGCCCCGAAAGCCCCAACGGAAUCUGGUCACCAGAUGCAUUCGAUCUCAUACGUUCCCGAUCCGCUCAUCAAGCGAGAGCAAAGUCUGCUAUGGACAUGUACCGCAGGGAAGCAAGCCCGAACAGACUGGCAAAUGUACAGGAAGAUCAGGGCUCUAUUCCAUCCUUGCCCUCUUCGAGAGAUGGUCCACCUGCAUUGGAUGACUACGUCUCACGUAUGGAGAGUCGUUUGAGACGAACGAAAUCCACUGGAGCCGACCUCCAAACUGUUGGGNGUGCCACCCAAUCUGACAGCAGGCCUACGACAUCCGGCAGUCAGAGCAGUUCAGGCAGUGUUCGUUUCAGCACACAAGUGCCCAGAAGCCCCAGUCCCCGGAAAUCUGUUUAUGAUCUCGCAAGCAGGCAGCAACUUCGCAGAACACAGACAAGCAAAACCAAUGCAACGAGUUCCUCUUCGGGUACCAACAGUACUUCAACAGCCAGCACUACGAGCACUCAGAUUACCAGUGCAAGCAUCAUGAGUGGUCACUCUGCAGGUGCCUUCAGCGCCACUAGUGCUGGUAGCUUUGCUAGGCGCAAGUGGGGUUUGACUGGCAGUGUANAAGGAAGACGGCCGCUGAGCGCGUUGAGCUCGAGGUCCUAUGGCGACCUACAGGGAGAGUGUAGCAAAGAAGAACGCCCUAAGACAGCCAUGCAAUCACGUCCUCAGUCACCCGAAACUGGCAUCAGCUUCCAUUCGAGCCAUGCCACGCAACCUGCCCCAACACCUGUCGCCGAUUGGACUACUAACCCAUUCGAGACUGCCGGUGUGCUUGGAGGCCUUUCGGCUCCUAAGGCUAAANAGAGCGGCUUCUUCAGAAAGAUGAUUGACACAGCAAAAACGACCGCGAAGACUGGCGCAGCUAAUGCAAGAAGUACCAUUGCAUCUGGCAGACCUCCGAGUAGGGCUGGCUCGCCCAAGAAGAGCAUCAUACCUGAUGGUGUUACGGCCAUCUCUGGUGGUAUGCCUUCAUCGCCGCCAGCUCUCACAUCGACAGCACAUCGUGACAUGGGUCUCGGAGGCGGCGACGGCUGGAUGCAGGUCAGACGUGAUGUUAACCGAUCCAAUUCGCUGAGCAGAAAUGAGAGAGUCGAACGUAUCGAACGUUGUGAAAUGAUGGAUAUUAUCGUUCUCAAUCCUGUCGAGGAACUACUGGAGCAAACUGAGGGCGAUGAAGGUCUUGACGGACUGGCCAUCACCGAGCCAACUGAUUUUGCAGCCCCAAGUCUUGGUCUGGUGGACAAGGGUACAAGAUUUAUCUCUGCUCUUCCUCAGAUGGUUACUCCAACAUCAUUGGCGCAGAGUUAUCUCUGCAGACCCUACCGUAGCGAUGUUCAGCGUCUUCGUGCCAUUUUUACAUGGGUUGCUGAACGUAUCACUUGGGAAGAAGAUUUCGAAGGUCAGAUCGAUACCAGACGCGUCUUGCAGACUAAGCGCGGCUGUAGUGAGGAGAUCGCUGUACUGGUACGCGACCUUUGCUCUGCUGUGGGUCUGCAUGCCGAGGUCGUUCGUGGCUACCUCAAAGGACCUGGUGAACGCCUUGAUCUAGAAAACAUCGCAAGAGCGAACCACUUCUGGAACGCCGUCAUCAUUGAUGGCGAAUGGCGUAUCAUGGACUGCUCCCUGGCUAAUCCUACCAACCCCAAAAGAAGCAUGUACAGCUCAGCAAACAACACUGUUGCCGAUCAUUGGUUCUUCCUCACGCGACCCAUGGAAAUUUGCUACACUCAUAUCCCUCUUCUACCUGAGCAACAACAUAUUGUUCCUCCUGUCCCUCACGAAGUCCUCAUCUCACUACCAUGCGCCUGUCCGCCUUACUUCCGUCACCACAUCGAGCUGACAAACUACGACACUUCGAUCGCCUACCUCGAAAAUCUAGAGAUGGCACACCUCCAACUCACCGUUCCUGAGGACGUGGAAAUUGUUGCAGAGGUAGAAGCCCGGGCUUUCGCUCGUGACAUGGACGGUGAUCUCUUCGAAUCAGGCGAUGUGACUAGGAAGAUCGCUCUUGCUCAGCCUACCUGGAUCUCUGGUCGAAAAAGCUAUGUUGUGAAAGCGCUUCUUCCCGGUGACGAAGGCGAAGGCAUGUUGAAAGUAUAUGCCGGCAAACGAGGUCUCAUGCACAGUAUCAAGGAUAACCCGCAUGCCCUCGCUCUCACAAUGCCGCUCAUCCACACUGGACAGAACCCACCCUAUAGCUUCCUCACGCGCCACCCUACUCCUCACGCCCAACGCCACGACCUAUAUGUCGCUCAACCCCAAUGUGCUCGCUUGGUCAUCAACAACACAUUUGUGUUCUGCGUACGCCAACACCCAUCCUCACUUUCCCGCUUCUCGCCCGACACAUGGGGUGGCUCGAACACCACAGCCUCCAGCAGGGGAAGAAGUAACUCAGCACUAGGCCUGCGCUCCACCUCACCCGCUCCGUCCGCCCGGCCGUCCUCCGCAAUGUCCAUGGCAUCUUCUUCCGCGGGUAUGUCACACACCGGCAGCAUGAUAUCCGAAACCUCCAACAUGAGCGAAAAACAACAAAAACCUGCCAAACUGGCCAUUCAAUCUCCUUCAGGCAAGAUCAUUCGCUUCACGAGAAAACAGGAGUAUGGAGGUAGUAGCAGUGGCAGGGGAGCAAAGGAAGAAGAAGGAUUGGGUAGUACGUGGGAGACUGUUAUCAAGGUUGGAGAAAGAGGUGUUUACAGAGGUCUUGUGUUGGCAGAUCGAAGUGCCAGAUGGUGUGUUUUUGCUGAGUGGGAGUGUGUCUGA